AUGGUACAAGGAUCAGCAAGUCCUAUAGGUACUGUCUUUUCAAAUCAGUCACUAUUUUCCAUACAAGCAACAAGUGCAGUUGGUCGUCCUUCUCGUAAUGGAACAAAUAUCUGUUUUCACUUGGACUCUACAAAUGCAACAGUUCUAUGUUAUGAUUCUGGAUAUUCUCCAAAUGUUAUUUAUACUGGAUAUACAAUUGUAAUUGUUACAACUAUAACAUGGACACCUGGUCAAUCCUAUUAUGUCACAAUGGAUAGUGGAUUUGCUAGUGGAAGUGUCUUUUGUCAUGCUGAAUCGGCACCCAUUACCGAUAAAACAUUUUGGCGAUUCGAUAUCUGGAAUCCAGCACUUUCAAGUACGACUACAACUACUACUACUCCACCAACAACUCACACAGUUACAAGCCUAGGAACAACUACUACUUCAAUCAAUACUGCAUGUACAACAAGUGGAAUAGUAGUAACUAGUACAAAUGCUUCAACGACUACAACAACUGCCAGUACUACACCUCCAACUACAGCUGCUCCAACAACAGCAGGUCCAACUACCACAGGCGUAACAACUGAAUCGACCAUUCCUGUUUUUUAUCCAGCAGAUUUCGAAAAUGCAUGUAAACAACCAGUUGCAAUUAUGUCAGCUGUUAUGAUGGUUGCUUUUAUGCCUAUACAUACUUUGGCAAUGUAUGCUGCUUUCACAAAAUUCUCAAAUAUGUUCAAACCAUCAAACACUGCUGCAAAAGCAAGACAUCAACAACGAAUGAAAAAUAUUCUUCGACGUUAA